UGGCUUGACAACCGCCAUAAAAUAUCAGAAGAAGAAGAAGAAAGAAACCGAAGCUAAUACUAAUACCAAAACAGUCACGUUGCUUUUUUCGGAAUGUAUGAAAACCUGAAAUGAUAUAUUUUCUUUAAGGCGUUUUUCCUAUUCCUCUAGUAUUUGAUUUAUAUCAAGCGUAUGUGUUAGUAGUGUUAGCAGAUUUGUGCUAAAAGACGCUGUCGGUCAGUAUGGGUGCGGCUAACCAACAAACCGAGAAGAUUUAGACUAAUAUUAACCAUGCUUAAAACUUGAUAGUUGUAAUUAAAGUGACCAACAGUAUGAAGGGCAUUGUGACAUUCAUAGUUUUAUCACUCGUGUGCGGUGUGAUUGGUGAUGAAGUGAAGUCAGUGUCAGUGUAUGAGGGAGAAUCUGUUACUCUACACACUGAUACUGAAAUACAGAAAGAUGACAGGAUAUAUUGGAGAUUUAGAGACAAAGACAAAGUUAUUCUUCUAGUUCAGAUGAUUGAAUAUAAGAUCGCAUAUUAUGGUUUUAAUGAUGAAAGAUUUAAAGAGAGACUGCAGAUAUCAGACACUUUAAAGGAGAUCUCACCAUCAAGAACAUGAGAAUCAAACACACUGGACUCUAUGACGCAGAGAUCCAAACUGGCAAUGGAACAUAUUACAAGACAUUUAAUGUUAUUGUCAAAGAAUCUGCUCCUGAACUUACUACAGGUGAAGUGAAGUCAUUGUCAGUGACAGAGGGAGAUUCUGUUACUCUACAAACUGAUCUUACUAACAUACAGAGAGAUGCGUUCAUACUGUGGAGGUUUGGAGAUAAAAGUGUUUUAAUAGCUAAAUGUGAUAAGGAGAACAAUGAGACCUUAUAUAGGAAUGAUGAGAGAUUCAGAGACAGACUGAGGCUGAACAAACAGACUGGAGAUCUCACCAUCACAAACUUCAUAAACUCAAACGCUGGAGUUUAUAAACUGAAGAUCAGCAGCAACAAACAGAUCAUAGACAAGACAUUCAGUGUUUAUGUUAGCGGUCUUUCAUCAGGUGUUAUAGGAGGAUUAUGUGUUUUCCUUCUCCUGGUUAUUGUUGCUGUUAUUGCUGCCGGUGUAAUUUUGUAUCGCCGCAGGCUACUAAAGAAACAAAGAGCCAAACCUACUGAAAACAAUCCCACCCAGCAGAUCCCAGACCGUGCUUGUGGAUCAGGACUGAACAAGCAGCAGUCAGUUUCAGCAGGUGUCAGUGGAAAUGAAGCAGGGAUGGUUGAAAUGCCCUUGAUAGAUGCUCAACAACAUCAACAUCUAUAGUAAUAUUUCCACGUACAUUAUUUUUGCUCAUCUAUGCCCUGCAGCUCUGAAACCCAUUGACUUGGUACAAAGCUCAUCAUUCUGAAAGGUGCUCUGAUUGGCCAGCUAUCUAUUGUGUGGUGAUUGGCCGAACACCUCGAUCAUCAGGUGGAAAUGUGACGCUCCUUAGCAUAUUUGGAAGAUCAGCUCCAAACAGAAGAUAAUGUCGUCUUUACCUUAUCAAGACGAGCUCAGAUCUGAUCCAGAAAAUGCAAAUCAAUGAACUUUGCAAGUGCGGGAAGAUAUUUCAGUUGGAGACGACAACUCAUCAAAAACUUUGGGAUUUGUAACUCCGUGUAACAGGAACAUGCACUAACAGACCAAAAGAAAUGUAAAAUCAUGAAUCCGAAAUAUUGUGCUCUUUAAGAUCACAGGAUAUUUUCGUUUAACAUGUGUACAGAUUAUUGCAAAAUGAAAUUCUUGCAUAUUUGUAAAGUAGUAAAGGCUUUACACAAAUGUAAUUAUACAUGGUUUAUGUUACUAGUAAGUUGCUAAGAUUUCAUAUUUAUAUUCUUAAAUUACAAAUCCGAAUUAAAUAAUUCUUUUGGUUUGUAUAUUUUGUGUAUAUCUUUGUGCAUUUUGCUUUUGCAUAAGAGUUUUGUUUUUGCGGCCUUCCUUCCUUUUAUGUCCUUAGCCAAUCACAUCCCUGAUAUAUACAUAACAUAAAGUAAGUGCCACAUCAGUAUGAAA